UUUCUCACAAUCUCUCCCAUCUCUUGUUACUCCACCAUAUCCACCUUCUUCACAAACUUUCCAAUCUCUGGUCACUCUGUUUUCAGAAGUAAUCAUGUCGAGCUCUGGCAAAGGUUACUCAUACACCGGCUCUGGCACGAACAGCCAGGGCAAUCACUAUUGCUCGCGUGACUACGGCACUGGGUCGGAUUCGAACGGUUCUGGUCGCGGCGAUGCAUACCACUACUCCAACAGCAACGGAUCCUACUAUUACUCCAACUCCAACGGUAGCACCUAUUACAAUGAUGGCAAGGGCGGAUCGACUUAUACUCCUUCCAGUGGGAAGAAAUGAUGGGGAUUGUCGUAUCUUCGGGAGCAGAAAUCUGGAUAAGCGGUUAUGUCAUCAAGCUUUAUGUGGAUGACUCGUGAAGUCUCUGCAUUGAUCAAUAGGUCCUCCGAUACAUUGCUGUGAAAUGACUGUCCAUCACCUUCUCUGUAUCCCAGACAUAGCUAGCCAAUAGUCUGCCAGUCUUAGGGCGAUAUCAACGGCUCACUCAUAUGGUCUCGUUUAUUUCCAGAACUACAUGGAUCAUUAGGUCAUAUAGUAUUGAUCUAAGCACGAUCGCGCGUCCCUCCUCGGUUCUGUGACGAGUACAACAGAGUAGCAAUGUUUUUCUAGCUCCUUAGACCAAGAAAUCCUUUUUCU